UAGUAAUCAAAUCCUGCGACGGAUUGCACUAGAACACAAGUCUUAAAGUGACGCCUUUAAAAGGGUCUCGGAGGCUAAACUGCCAUUUUUGUUGGUGGUUCUUUUGGUCACUAGUGAGUUCUGCUUGCGGAAAGGAAAAAAAAAAAAAAAAAGACCUAAAAAACAAAAAGAGAAAGAAGAAGUUUUUUUGCCGAUUCCCAGACUCAUUUUCCUCAGUUUCUGCUGGUUUCACUAUGAAUAGGUUAUUAGCUUGUAGAAGUAUUGGCGCCAGAGCGCCUCAUGCGGCCUUGAGUUUGUUCAGUUCAUUCAAUCUCUCAAGAUCAGUUCAUUCUUUACCCUUUGCAACUGUAGAAGUCGAGGAGAUAUCAGGCUCAAAACCAGCUGAAGUGCACAACUUGGUUCAGGGUAAAUGGACAACAUCUCCAUGUUGGAACACACUGGUAGAUCCUUUGAAUGGGGAACCGUUUAUUAAAGUUGCUGAAAUCGAUGAAAAAGGAACUCAGCCGUUUGUGGAGAGCUUGUCCAAGUGUCCCAAACAUGGACUUCAUAAUCCCUUCAAAGAUCCAGAAAGGUACCUUUUGUUUGGCGAUAUAUCUGCUAAGGCAGCUCACUUGCUUUCCCAGCCAAAGGUUUCUGAUUUCUUCACGAGGUUAAUACAAAGGGUUUCUCCAAAGAGUUACCAGCAAGCUUAUGCGGAAGUUUACGUUACUCGGAAGUUUCUAGAAAAUUUCUCUGGUGAUCAGGUCCGUUUUCUUGCGAGGUCUUUUGGGGUACCUGGUAAUCAUCUUGGACAGCAAAGUCAUGGAUUUCGUUGGCCUUAUGGUCCUGUUGCCAUCAUUACUCCGUUUAAUUUUCCACUAGAAAUUCCUGUACUUCAGUUGAUGGGUGCACUUUAUAUGGGAAACAAGCCCCUUCUCAAAGUUGAUAGCAAGGUGAGCAUUGUUAUGGACCAAAUGAUGAGGCUGCUUCAUUACGCUGGAUUACCAGCAGAAGAUGUUGACUUCAUCAAUUCUGAUGGGAAGACAAUGAACAAGCUGCUAUUAGAGGCAAAUCCGCGGAUGACUCUCUUUACUGGAAGCUCAAGAGUGGCGGAUAAAUUGGCUGUCGAUCUAAAGGGUCGCAUUAAGUUGGAAGAUGCGGGAUUUGACUGGAAAAUCUUGGGGCCUGAUGUUCAAGAGGAGGAUUACGUCGCAUGGGUUUGUGAUCAAGAUGCAUAUGCAUGCAGUGGUCAGAAGUGCUCUGCACAAUCAAUUCUGUUUAUGCAUGAGAACUGGAACCAAAGUAAGCUGAUAUCGAAAAUGCGAGAACUUGCUGCGAGAAGGAAGCUGGAAGAUUUAACCAUUGGCCCUGUCCUUACAUUUACAACCGGUGCAAUGCUUGAGCACAUUAAUAAAUUGCUCCUGAUACCCGGCUCCAAGCUACUCUUUGGUGGUGAACCUUUGGAGAAUCAUUCCAUUCCACCUAUAUAUGGUGCUCUUAAACCGACAGCUGUGUACGUUCCUCUGGAAGAACUCUUGAAGGAUGAAAAUUAUGAACUUGUAACUACAGAAAUCUUUGGACCAUUCCAGAUUAUUACUGAUUAUAAGAAAGAUCAACUUCCACUGGUGUUGGAUGCUCUUGAGAAGAUGCAUGCGCAUUUGACGGCUGCAGUUGUUUCAAAUGAUAUUCACUUUCUGCAGGAAGUUAUUGGUAAAUCAGUGAAUGGGACUACAUAUGCUGGACUAAGAGCUAGAACAACUGGAGCUCCUCAGAAUCAUUGGUUUGGACCGGCCGGUGACCCGAGGGGCGCUGGGAUUGGGACCCCGGAAGCAAUAAAACUUGUGUGGUCAUGUCACCGAGAAAUCAUCUAUGAUUUUGGUCCCCUGCCUAAGCAAUGGGAAAUUCCACCUUCUACUUGAGGACUGAGAAUAAAGUCUUGUUGACUUGACUAGAAACUCGGAUAGCUUAAAAACCUCUGACGAGAACGAGCAUGUUAGCGCUUCUAUACAUAUGAGAAACACACCCUGUAGCCGUUUUCUUGAUUUCUAGAAUAAAAUCAGAGGAAUUUUGGUUCUUGAGUUCCAAUUA